AUGAAUAUCUGGCGCCACGAUGAUGAAAGUCUAGAAGACUUCAUUACUCGUUAUAACAAGGAAGUACUCGAAAUCGGGGAUGUUUAUGAGCACCUGAUCCGCACCCAAUUUAAAUAUGCCGUCAGGUGCGAUGAUAUGAUAAAAGUCCUGCCUGGAAUGGAAGGACUCCCGAAAAGCUUGGAAAAAUUAAUGGCGGCGGCUAAGGUCUAUGCCCAAACGGAGAAGAAUCUCAGUACCAACAAGCCACCACCACCGCACAACCGUCCCUCAGAUUUGGGCCCAUGUAGCGGGAAGAAAUUUAAGAAUGGCUGGCGCGAUUCAAGCUCAAGGAACUAUUCAUCAGAGGAUGCGCGAGCCACAAUGAAUAAGCUUGCUGCACAGAGAGAAGCUAAACAGGAGAACAGGGAGAGACAAUGGACUCCCCUAAACAAAACUCCCGCGGAAGUUCUAAGUACGGAGGAUUAUCAGUUUAAGCCUCCACCACCCAUGAAGAACAAACGCGGACCGGACCCAAGUCAGUAUUGUGAUUAUCACAAGGACAAUGGUCACACCACCAAUAACUGCAUCUCCUUGCGCACCGAGAUAGAAAAGGCGCUUAAAAGUGGUGAGCUCACUCACCUAUUACAAAACGUGCGCAAGGACGUAAAACAAAUCACUCGAGGUGAGGAAGGCCCGAGAAAAAAAAGUGAAAAAUUAAGCAGCAACUCUAUGAUCUCCUUGCAGAACGGAACAGACUCUAUAGUUUAUCAAGUCUAA